CGGUACAUUCAUCAUCUGCUGUAAAAUCCACUGUAGACUGUGGCAGAUAUUGGGUGAUUUACUCCUACGCUAACUCUGACUGAUCAAGGCGAGAGUUGGUUAACGCAUCGCGAUGAUUCCGGUUCCUCUGCACAGGACGAUGACGUGAUAGUCAAGGAGACUUACACAGCUUGGAGGUUUAUUUAGUAGUAAAUGUGAACACGAAGAUCUAUACGAGAUAUGCCAUCCUGUGAAUUAUGUCUCAUGCAGUUCUUUCGUUUUGUUUUAUUCUUACAGCGCUAGAGUUAACAUUUAGGAUCACUGCGGCAAACUGACAGCAUCUCCAAUGACUCCAACGACGGUGGCAUCUUUCAUCAUGUGUUUGCUCUCAGUCACGACGUUCUUCCAAUGGAAGUCAAAAGCCGUUGCCACCGUGCCCACAGUGACUACCAACCUCAGCUCGGUGACUGCAAUGGAAGGGGAAACAGUAGUCCUCCCGGCUGACUUCAGCCCGGACUACACGGUGUUCGCUCAGACGUGGAACAAGCUGGUGGGUGGGAUGAGAGGAGUAAGGACAGCUGUGUACAUGUAUGCCUCCACGACCAAGACAUCCAUGUCGCUGGGACCUCUGAAAGGCCGCGCCAUCUUGGAUUCAGACGGUUCUCUGAGGAUCAUGGCCGCCCGGAAGUCUGACGGGGGUCUGUACGUGCUGAGUAGUGUACUGGAUGUGGUGGGACAGGAGGAUCACUACGUACAACUCACCAUACUGGUUGUCCCUAUAGUCCAGAUCACUACUAAGAAACCAGUGGUCGCAAAGGAAGACACGUCCGUCAUCUUGAACUGCACCGUCAACUACACCAGCGCCCUCACCUCUCCGCCAUAUUGGGAAAGCGACCAGCUGCAGGACGUCUCCCCCCACAUCCUGGGUAACAUGGAAUCAGACGAUAACUACUCGCCAUGGCUGUUCCUCCCUAAAGUCUCGCGAGAGCAGACGGGAAACUACUCCUGUGUGGCCGAGCACCUAAUGGGAAAGACGUCUGACAGCAUCUAUGUAGGAGUUAUCUAUCCGGCAAAAAUUCUUAAGAUUGUUGAAGACAGCAGCGACGACAACAACGUCGUGCUCCACUGCAUCGCUGAAGGGAACCCAGCUCCUCGAGUGGCCUGGUACCGAGGCUACAGUCUCAAACCCAUGCUCACAAUGACGGGUACAGACACCUUCCAGCGCCUGGGGCUGGUGCUAUCCAAACACAACAACAGGACCAGCGGGCAGUACCGGUGCCAGGCUUCAAACAAGCUCGCGGACGACGCCAAGUCAGUUUACGUCUCUAUUUAUCAGAGGGCCGUCACGAUAGUGGAGGCAGCCGAAAGCAAUGGUAAUUUUAUUCAAAGUACUCAAAGUACUCUGUAUCAGCUCGCUAACGACGCCAAAUCAGUUUACGUCUCUAUUUAUCAGAGGGCCGUCACGAUAGUGGAGGCAGCCGAAAGCAAUGGGAUCAUCCGUGUACAGGAAGGAAGUCUGUUCCAAGUCAUCACGACAGCUGGCAUCGCUGCAGCUUCUUUAUGCCUCCUCUUGGUCGUACUUCUUGCUGGCUUCAUCUUCUGUCGGAAAAGGCCUGGAGUGUACGGCCAACAGGAGUUUGAGUACAUUGCUGCUCAAAGGGAGCAGGAGGAAAACAUUCCCAUGGAACAGUUCGAGAACGAUACGUCACUUCCGGCUACUCCUGAUUGGGAGGAGAAUGACGAACACGCAGAGAUGUGCCCUGCAGAUCUCAUGAAUACCCCUCUGCCCACACAAAACGGCGUCACCUAUCAGUACCGUACGUUCGUUGCCAGAGUCAUCGUGCCCUACUACUCUCACCAGCCUGGCUUCUUGUCUUUGAAAAUUAACGACUUUGUCGAGGUUAUCGAUCAGACGUCCUCGGGAUGGCUGUACGGAUCGAUCGGGGACAGAUCGGGCGUGUUUCCCGCCACGUGCGUGGAGCCCACGGGCAGGACUAGCGCCAACUGCAGGAGAAACGAUCGAACCAAGUACGUGGAGAAGCAAGGUCACCAGCAGGCGUCACUCGUGGUCCGGAUAUCGCGACGAUCGGCGAGUGAUGACGUUAGGGCACUCCCGUGGCACACACGCAGCGUUGAGAAAACGGCAGAGGAAGAAUCUUCAGACACGGAAUUUUGUAGCUAGGCGGAGGGUAAAUGUAGCAGAGCAUUCGGAAAAAUCCAUCGGAUGCAACUUGCCGGACCAAACGAACAAUCACACAAUAAUUCUAUAAUUUCUAACGUUAUAUAGCACAACUAUCGCACCAUUGUCUUCUUUGUAACGUUCAAAUGAUAUAAGUUGUGGGUUUACUUUUAUCUUUGUAAACAACAUGGUCUUGUAAGACGCUCCUUGUAGAACUUUUGGGGUAGCAGCAAGGUCUUUUUGGCGACUUAGUCUUCCUAAUAAGUUAGCAAAUGACAGUAUGAUCAGUAACACUACCGGAGGCCCAGCAUGUCAUAUGAUUUUCUGUACUUAAUAAGCCUACUCUCACGAGAAUAGAGUGUUGCAUAGAAACGAUGCCAAAAAAGCACUUUCUGCAACAAGAGACAGCUUGCCAAGUGUAAGUGUUUGUUGUGUGAAUGUUGCUCUUUGACAAAAGAUGUCAGUAGUGCCUGUAGUCAAAGUGAUUCGUCGGUGUUUUGUUACAUGCUAAUUGGGGGAAAUUUAAUGUGGCGUCGUGUGUGGCGUAACUGGUAACGUGUUGGGCUCUGAACCUAGAGGUCCCGAGUUCGAUACUCGCCGUGCACCAACGUUGUUCCCUUGGGAAAUUAACUUAACACGACCUUCCAGGUGCAAAAUGGGUACCUGACUUCGGUCGGGAAGGUAGAAUGCUACCUUUACCUUUUGUCUGUACUUUAUACGUGGCACUAUUAAAAUAAGUCACUAACUUGAGUGCAGUGCCACGUUGCCCCCCU